AUGGAUGUAAUUCAAUUUUUAAAUCCAUUCUCAACUCCAACUCCAACUACAUCUACAACUACAUCUACAACUACAAUUAAAAAAAAUCAUUUAAUACCAAGAGAUAAUUCAUUAAUUAGAUUUGAUGCCAGAUGGAAAAAAUCUCGAAUAAAAUUUAAAAAAAAAUUGAAAACAAAAUUAAUAUCAAAAUUAACCAACAAAAACAAAAACACCAACACCACAACAACAACAAAUAAUGAUUCAUCAUCAACUUCUUCAUCUUCUGAUGAUGAAGAUGAUGAAGAGAAAGAAAACAAAAAUGGUAAUGGAGAUGGUAAAAGUAAUUCCAAAUCAAAUGAUAAAAAUCAAAAACUAAAACAUAAACAUAAACAUAAACAUAAAAAACAUAAACAAAAUCAUAAAAAGAAUUCAAUAUUUAAUCGAUUAAAAAAUUUUAUUAAAUAUUUAACUAUAAUUAUAAUCAUUAUGAUAUUAUUAAUUUAUUUAUAUUUAAUAUCAUUAGAAUUAAUUGGAGUAUUUGAAUCAAUAAUGAAUGUAACUUAUACUAGUAAUAUUGGUGUUAAAAAGUUAAUUCAUAAUAAUAAUAAUAAUAAUAAUAAUAAUAAUAAUAAUAAUAAUUUAUAUUCUAAAUUUCAUCAAUUUACUCAAUCUAAUAUAGAUAAUUUACCCAUAAUUAGUACCAGUAGUAGAAGUAGUAGUAGUAGUAGUAUCAGUAAUGGUGGCGAUGAUAAGAUUAAUGAUCAUAAAGUUAUGAUUUAUCUUAGUUAG